AUGUCCUCCGACCAGCCCCGGGUCGUCGAGAGCAGACCAUCGGCCUUGACGUCCAACCCGGUGCACGAAGCCGAGGACGAAAAGGACCAUGGCACUGUUGAGCGCCCUCUGCUGGCCGAUCAGGUUCGAGAUGUUAUUCGCUUGAUUCAGUGCCGGAAGUGCUCGCGCCCGCUCCGAGAGCCCGUUACAUUCCCUUGCGGCAGAAGCCUUUGCAGAGAAUGCCUCCCCGAGACGCACGCCCGAGAAAACAUAUCAUAUCCAGCCACACCGGGCAGAUUACAAGGCUUCGAAUGUCCCUAUCCCGGUUGUGGUCGCAACCAUGCGGUGGGCGAUUGUGGUGUCGACGUUAUCCUCACCAAGGCAGUCAACAACUUCAAAGCAGAGAUUGAGAAGGCAAGGAUGGCGGAAACAGUCGCCGAAAUUUCUUCACACAUUGUCAUACAACCACCAAAUCAUGGCGAUAGCAACACGAAAGAGCAAGCCCAUGAGACAACGUCGAGGGUCGUCCGUGGGGGCCCGCUGAUCGCGGUUUACACACUUGCUGAAGGGGGCGAUUUGGACUACAACUCUGACAUUGCCUUUGCUGAAGUAUCUUCCCAUGGUGAUGAGGCAGCUGCUCUAGACACUAAGACCUUCUCCAAAGUCAAGGAAUCUGUCAGGACAGAAAUGGACUGUCAGGUCUGUUAUGCCUUGUUUUACGACCCCUUGACGACGGUCUGCGGCCAUACCUUCUGUCGUUCAUGCCUGCAUCGGGUUUUGGACCACUCGUCAUACUGCCCCAUAUGUCGGAGGGGCCUCUCUGUCAGUCCUUUACUGUACCGGGAAUCUUGUCCGUCAAACGAACACCUCAAGACUAUCAUUCAAACCUUUUGGGCCGACGCAGUCCUCACUAGAGGCGAUGCCUUGGCUGCCGAGGCAUUGAACAGACAUCGGGAAUUUGACAUCCCGAUAUUCGUUUGUACGCUUUCAUUCCCCAUGAUGCCAACAUUUCUCCAUGUCUUUGAGCCACGAUAUCGACUCAUGAUUCGGCGAGCACUCGAAGGCGAUCGAACCUUCGGCAUGGUCCUUCCACAGCGGCCGCGCACGGCCAACGACACUCAUUUCAAGGAGCAAGGUACCUUGCUGCGGAUCGUGAAUGCGGAAUAUUUUGCCGAUGGCCGUAGUCUUAUCGAAACAACUGGCAUCUCUCGGUUCAGGAUCACAAGACAUGGUAUAUUGGACGGGUACCUGGUAGGGAAGAUUGAGAGGAUUGACGACAUAUCCAUUGCGGAGGAGGAAGAUCUGGAGGCGAGUGAAACCCAACUAGCUCUGGAAAGAUAUGAGAGCGCGAAUACACAUCAAAGCGAGGACUCGACGACAACGCCCUCUAUUACAAUCACACCCGAAGAUCUUUCGAAGAUGCCAACGAGCGAGCUACUGUCGUUUGGCGUGUCAUUCGUUGAGAGAAUGCGGCAACAAAGCGUGCCUUGGCUGGCACAACGGAUGCUAGCAAUCUAUGGAGAAUGUCCCAAUGACCCGGCACUAUUUCCUUGGUGGUUUGCCAGCAUCUUGCCUGCUAAGGAGUACGAAAAGUACAAAUUGCUCGGCACGAGGAGUGUCAGAGAGAGACUCAAGAUCUGCUGCGGCUGGGUCUUGGAAUGGGAGUCAAGUAGAUGGUAA